CAGUCGUCAGUAUCUAACCGUCUUUCCGCGAGACCGGCGACCCGUGCAUCGACAAGCCAGUUGUCGGGUAACUACCACACACACGCGCACACACACACGGUGUAUGCCUAAGUCGAGUGUCUCAGCAUCGCCUACCCGACUGCCGGACCACCGAUAUCGCAGUCGACCACAGUGAUCUUUUCGAUAAUUUUUUUUCUCCGCGAGACCUCAUCGUCGUCUCAGACGUUGUUUCCUACACCGGACGACAUGUCGUACGCGGACACCCGACUGUGACCAUCACAUUACGAUCUUGAACAAUAUUUGAUUACAUCAACUCAUUCGCGAGUACUCCAUUUCUUGAGUAUUGACUUUACGUUAUUUGCCCACCUGUUUGUUCUGCCCACCUGCUCGUCAACGGUGUCCGAAAGAGUUUUUGCGGCUCAGCGUCAGACCGGGUGCACCCCGGAAGGAGUGAUUUUCCGUCACAUGUCUUGAAAAUGACUAAACCGUGUUCGACGUCCACCGCAUAUUCAAAAGAACUUAUUCAUUAACUGAUAUAACCAUCUACAGAUCAAAAUGCACAAGAAACAUAUCAAAAAUCUAGAUUAUUUUGGGCUACUAUGCCUUAUGGUAUGUCUUUGCAUAAGCGAAUCAAAUGCUCAAUGUCCAUGGCAAGCAGAUCCAUCAUCCGCAGAACUUCAGUCAUCCUGUAUAUGUUCUACAAAUAUGGCACAAGAAUUAUCCGUACAGUGUGAUCUUGUGAAUUAUGAAAUAUUAAUGCAAACACUCGACAAAUAUUCACAGGGAACACUGGACUUACUUUAUAUAAAUAAUAGCUCAGUUAAAACUAUUGAAGAUUCUAGUUUCGCGAAUCUUAAAAUUCACAACUUACAGUUAUCGGGCUGUCAAAUACAAACAAUAUCACCAACAGCAUUUAAAGGCCUAGAACUACAUUUAAGACAUUUGAGUCUGCAAGAUAAUAAAAUAGAUGAAAUACCUAAUUUAGAAGGACUUAUUAACUUAACAUUAUUGGAUCUUUCAAGAAAUCGAAUUUCAAGAGUUCCAGAUGAUGUGUUUGCUUCAUUAAAAAAUUUACAAACUAUAAAAUUAGCAGAUAACAACCUCACAUUGUCUAAAAAUGCAUUUAGAGGCCUCGAAAAUAGUUUGAAGAAUUUAAAUUUAAAAGGGACAAAUCAGAAAUCUUUACCAGAGUGUAUAAGAAGCUUAAAAAAUUUGGCCUUUUUAGAUUUAGCUCAAAAUAUUUUAAGUGAAUUACCUGGAACUUCAGGACAUAUUUUUCAAGGAUUAGGAGCUUUGACUGCUCUCAAUUUAGAGAGAAACGUAAUUCAGUCUUUAGGAGAAUUUACGUUUGAUGGUGUCAAAAAUACCCUAAGUUCACUAAGUUUGCUCAAUAAUUUGCUCACAGAUUAUCCGACUAUAGCUCUUAGUAAGCUACCAGAACUUAGAGUAUUGGAUCUUGGUUUUAACCUCAUUAAAGAAAUACCAAAUGACGCGUUCCUAGCAAAUCCAUCCUUAACCUUACUAGCGUUAGAUGGAAAUCCUAUCGAAACUAUUCCUAAAAAAGCAUUUACCCAUCUUAACACUACAUUGCGUGGACUAAGCUUAGGAGGACGAUACUUGCAAUGCGAUUGCCGGAUCCGAUGGGUAAUUGAAUGGAUCAAAAACGGUGAUUUACAAGUGACUAGCAGAGAAAGAAAUCCACAGUUUUGUGCUAGUCCAUCGUUUCUUAAAAAUAAACAUUUCUAUAAAAUCGAUCCUUCAGAAAUGGUAUGCGAUAACGACCAGAGUUCUUCUGAUGCGUCGGCGAUGUUAGAAACUAUUAUAGAGGAAGAUGAUAUGGAUUCUCAGCAUCCGAUUGGAACUGGUGUUGGAUACGCUAGUCCUACAAUUGUUUCACCAGAGAUAUUUCCUACUUCGAAAAAUAAAUUUAAAAAGAAUCCUCCGAUAGCGGAAGUAGAAGUCGUAAAAAACACUAAUACAUCUGAAUUACUUGGAAUUGUGGAAACUACGAGAACUAUUCCUUCGACUACUGAGAGCACGACGGUUGCAAUUGAAACAACAACAAAGUAUUUUGUACAAAAUACAACAAAUACUAAACCAAUGAACACAAGUCGUAAAACUAAUUUAGUUAUAACACGACCACAAUCAGCACAAACAUCCCAGAAACCACCUCUAAUAUUAGGUUCUUACCCUAAAAAACAAGUUCAAGAAGUCAUCAUAAGAAGUGUUCACAGACAAGAUAAUUCAGUUAUAAUUCAAUGGGAUUCUGAAACAGCAAAUAUCUUGGGAUUCCGAGUUGUAUAUAGGCUUUUUGGCGACCGCAAUUUCAAGCAUGGGCCGCCUCUUGAAACCAGUGAACGAGAGUUUAAAAUUAAAAACGUGCCAUUCCAGGAAUGUAUCAUCGUGUGCGUCAUAUCUUUGGAAGAAAUAACCAUCACGCCGGACACGGUUCCAUACAGCCAGUGUCGGGAAAUACGGACAGCGGUUACGAUGACUAGUAACAUGGACAGAAUAACGAUUGCGGCGAGCGCAGCCAUAUGCGGUACGGUCUUGAUUGCCGUCGUCGUGUUCAUUGCGGCGAGCAAGCGUAGAGCCAAAAAGCUGCAAACGUUGCACAGCUCGGCAGCGUCCUGCCAUCCAAACAAAUCCGGCAUCCCAGUCGGCACCUUGCCGGCGAACUGCUACCCCGGACCAAACGGAGCUCAGAUGUCCUCGUUGGCAGCCCUAAAUGCGUUCAACAGUCACAAGGAUUGGGAUCAGGGUUCGGUGUACAGCAAUAGAAGUCUGAACCCAUCGCGCAUGUAUCGAGUGGCCGAUAGCAGACAAGGACUCAACGAAGAUUUACACUCGAACAUUUCAAACUUCAGUGCGAAACCGCCGAAAAUGCGUUCGGUCGCCGACGGCCAGUCGCAGAACAGUUUCUCGAACAACUCCAUGCGGUAUUUGGGCGGAAACAACGCAUACGCGUCCGACCUGGUCAAUUCCAGACCCGAACUGAGGCAGUCGCGGCAGUCGUUGGCCGUCUCCGAGAGGAUGUCGCACAUCAGUUAUCCGGGCAGUGGUCGCACGAACACUUCCCGCAACAAGCCCAGGCAACGUUCGAGGACCAGAGAGGGAACGCAAAACAGACCGCCCAGCAGGUACAGCCACACCGGUUCGCAUCACACGCUCAACAAUUAUUGCGGCGGGGACACGUCGGACAAUUGGACCGAUCACGAUAUGGACAUAUACAUGACCAGAAAUCCGACAGCCAGAAACGGUCUUGUGCCACUAUAGAAUGUUAUUACAAUAUAAUAUUAUUAGCCAUUAGAUAUUAUGGAUAAGCGUAUGAUACACACUGUAAUGUAGUACAUAUACAUAGUAGGCAUAUAUAAGCAUACAAUAAGCACUUGCAGCUCAAUUGAAAUUAAUUUAUUUGUAGCGUUUAUUUUACGCAAUUAUGACAACACAAUGUCAUAAAUAUAUAUAUACUUAUAUUAUUAUUUAAUAUUAUGUCCGUUUGAUUAAAUAGACUUGAGACGAUAACUAUCGUCUGCGGAAUUUCGACUACCAUAUAUAGGUACCGUAGGUAGUUAUUUUCUUCAGAAUAUUAAGUGGAUAACAUUUUAAGCACAUCACAUCUAACACUGUUCGAUGUUCUGUGUAUUUUUUUUAUUAUUUAAAGUACAAAUAAUAUUAUUAUAUUAUUAUAUACUUUUAUGAUCACUAUAAUAAGUAUAUAGUACAAUAUUAUAACUUA